CCAGCAGGCACCGGACUGAUGACGUGGUUGGGUCGGUGGAGCAGAGCAGCAGGAUGGCCGACCAGAGCAGACAAAUCAAACUCGCUGCAGCCAAGAAAAAGCUGAAGGAGUUUCAGCAGAAGAGCUCCCCUGCUAGUGGAGGAGGAGAGAAGGGUGGAGGAGGAGGAGGAGGCGGCGGAUCAGGGGCCAAGAAGAAGAGGAAGGGGAAGGGACUGAACCAGUAUGAUGCACCUACAACAGAUAGAAACUCCCCAAUCAACACCUUUGCUGACGUGGAGCCCAUGGGGUCUUCAGUUCCCCAGCUGCUGGAGGACCCAGGGGCCGAUCCUGGCCGUGGCUCACCUGAGUCUAACGCUGCUGUGCCUAACACUACUAAUAACCCUGAGUUUGUCGCUCACAACGCUGCCCUGCAGGACUAUCCUGAUACCAAUGGCAAUGAGAGUUUAACAGAGGAAAAUAGACCACUGUCUUCCACAGAGAGCCUGCGGCAGCUCUCACAGCAACUGAACGGCCUGGUCUCUGAGUCAUCUGCUGCGUAUCAGAAUGGAGAUGGUGCACCCGUUCUCAAUGAGAGAGAAAUGGAGAGUCGGAACCAGGAGCUGGCAGCCGCCCUGGAGUCCAGCAACCUAACAAACUCUCAGCUCAAUAUCCAGCUAGACCAGCUGGCAAAGCAAUCUCAGGAGCUCACAGAUCAGCUACAAAAGGAGCGAAAAGAAUUUGAGCAGAGAUGUUCCAAAGAGCAGGGAGCCAUGCGCGAACAACUGCAGGUUCACAUCCAGACUAUUGGAAUACUGGUAUCAGAGAAAUCAGAGCUACAAACAGCACUACAAUACACACAGCACGCUGCACGGCAGAAAACAGGGGAGGCAGAGGAGUUGAACAGCCGUCUGCAGUCAACAAAGCAGAGAGUGUCAGAGUUGGAGCGAACCCUCUCUUCUGUCUCAGCACAACAGAAACAGUUUGAAAAGCACAAUAAAGAACUUGAAAAGGAGAGAGACAACCUGAGACUAGAGGUGUUUAGAUUAAACAAUUUGAGUGAGGAGUCAAAGCAGCAGAGCUCCGAGCUGUCUGAGAGGCUGAAACUGACGUCACAAGAGAAUGGAGCGAUGAGGCUGGAGGUGGAAGAUCUUCGCAAGAGGCUCGAGAUUGGUGACCUCAUGAUGCAACAGUACUCCAAUCAGUCAGAUCCCAGCAGUGCCAACCAGCAGGCGCAGUUACUGGUGGAAGAGAGAGAGCAGCUGGAGACUCAAAAUCACCAGCUGAUGGAGUCGAUUGGUCAGCUGAAGACAGAGAGGGACUGUUAUGCAGAGCAGAUCCAAGAAGAGGGCCGUGUAUGGAAGGACAAAACAGAACAGCUCCUAACACAGGUGUCAUUGGUUGCAGAGGAGAGGGACAGAAACAUCAACCGAGUCCAAGAGUUGGAGGCCAGCAUCACAGAGCUAAAAAACGCUGCAGCGUUACUGUCCCAAGAGAGAGAGGCUCAGGGUAAUGCAGAGCCUCCGUCCCUGGGACCAUCAGAGAAUGAGGUGGCUCUGCAAGAGCGCCUCGACAGACUACAACAAGAGAAAGAAGACCUGGUUGAACAGUAUCAGGCUCAGCUGAGAGACAACAAGCAGCUGAGCCGCAUGUGUUCUGAGCAGGAGACGCGUCUGGGAGAGAUGGAGCAGCAGGUGGAGAGCCGCACCCAGGAGGGAGAGGACCGUCGCCGCAUGUUGGAGGAUGUUCAGUCAGACAAGGCCACUAUUAGCCGCGCCCUCACCCAGAACCGGACACUGAAGGACCAGCUGGCUGAGCUUCAGAACGGUUUUGUCAAACUGACUAAUGAGAACAUGGAGCUGACCACUGCCAUCCAGUCAGAGCAACACGUGAAAAAGGAGCUGGCUCGCAGGAUGGGUGAACUGCAAGAGGGACUGCACAAUGUCAAGGAGGAGCUGGAAUUGAAAAAUCAAGAGACUCAGAGUGUGAUGGAGCAGAGGGACCAGGUGGUGGCUCACCUGCAGCAGUACUGUGCCGGCUACCAGACCCUGGCCUCUGAGAGAGAACAGGUCCACCGACAGUAUCUGCAGCAGUGCCAGCUUAUGGACCGGCUGCAGCACGAUGAAAGCCAGGGCCGUGUGCAGCUGGAGAUCACUCACUGUCAGCUCAAAGAAACGCAGGACCAUUUGGAACAGUUGGUCAGAGACAAUGAGCAGCUGAAGUCUGACGUGAAGGAACUUCUCCACAGCUCAGCUCUUGCAACGUCACCGAGAGACCAAGGGGAUGGAGUGGAAAGCCAGUCCCUGCAGGAGAGUCCAAAGAUGUCCUCCUCCAUAGUUAUCCCAGAAGACUUCGAAAGCCAGAAAGAAAUGGAGGAGUUCAUCCGUGGAGCUCUGGUUCACUUGGAGGAAGAGAGGGACGAGGCCAGGAGGCUACUGGAGGAGGAGCACCGGCUCCACAUGGCAGCCCGGCACCAGGCCGCUGUGGCCCUCAGCCUUGAACACCAACACCACAGCCACGAAACUGCUCAUGACCAUAAUCAUGAGCACGAUCACACUCACAGCCAACACGGUCACUGUGAACACAGUCACGAGCAUUCAGAAGGAGGAGUUCCAGUUGAAGUUCAUCAGGCCCUGCAGGUUGCCAUGGAGAAGCUUCAGCAUCGUUUCACGACCCUCAUGCAAGAGAAGGUGGACCUGAAGGAGCGGGUGGAGGAGCUGGAGCAUCGCUGCAUCCAGUUGUCUGGAGAGACCGACACCAUAGGGGAGUACAUAGCCCUGUACCAGAAUCAGCGAGCCAUCAUGAAGCAGAAACACCAGGAGAAGGAGCAUUACAUCAGCAUGUUGGCCCAGGACAAGGAAGAGAUGAAGGUGAAGCUGGUGGAGCUGCAGGAUCUGGUGAUGAGGUUGGUGGCGGAACGGAAUGAUUGGUAUAGCCGCUACGCCGAAGCUGUAGCUGGCACAAGCAGGGUGAACCCCGACCUGCUUCCUGUUGGGGAAGAUCACACUCAUCCAGAGCACCAUGGGCACACAGACAUGGAGAUUGAUGCCGUCAGUGGAGCAGAAGCCAUUGAGGUCAUUCCUCUCUCAGAGUCCACCACAGGCCUGGAAGCCCCCUCCUCCCAGGCACUUUCGACCAGAGCAGCCCAGACCGACUCCAAGCCUCUGGGACCCAACGAGGACGGCACUGCGCAACAGAUCAUGCAGCUGCUCCAGGAGAUCCAGAACCCCCAAGGGGCGCUAAGAUCCCCCCCCUUCCUCGGGGAGAACCCCUGCAUCCCCUUCUUCUACCGGCCCGACGAACAGGAUGAAGUCAAGAUCCUGGUGGUGUGAGGUGUGGGUAUGAGAAAGGUGUGAAUGUGUGUGUGCGCUAAUGGACAUGUCUUGAAGUUUGGGGAAUAUUGAACACCACCGUUUACCAUGUUUAUAUCUAAUAGAUCAUAUUCACAAACACUUGGAUACCUUACAGAAGAGAUCACAGAUAGAAGAAUGUCUCUGACCCAGUUACAUUACAACACCCCCUCUUUGUUCCGAGUGUUGGCACGAUUGUGUGCAUGGUUACAGAGAAAGUAUUUUCUAUUUGCUCUUUUUAUGUUUUUGUUUUUGGUUCCUGAUGCUCUUCCCAGAGAAGAGAUAAUCUGUAUUCUUGAACAUAAUCUGAUUAUUCUCACUACCGCAAUUUUCAUUCCCCAUGCCCUCACUCGUCCCCCAUCUUUACACAUAAGUGCAAUAAAGGGGCAUGUGUUCUGUGCCCCUACUGAAACAGUACUUAAAGAGCUGUUUUGAAUUAGCAGCCUGUGUGUGCAACUUUGCUACAAAUCUCAGUUUUACACAAUUCACUGUACAAAUGCCAAAAAAGAGCAUUCUGUUUGACUGUAACAAGCUGAAUAUUCCCUGUAUGUUUGUGUAACAUGAAGAGAGAGGAGGAGAAGGGUGCAGCAAGACAAUAUCAGGGGUGGUGGUAGAGUGAGAUUUAAGUGAAGUAAACAAUAGAACUUAGUAAGCAUAAAUGCUUUUUUAAGUGAAGGUGCUGUUUCCAAAUCGAAAGCACACAAGUUAAGGCUCAUUCAACCUGAAGGAUGUGUUGAUUUCAACAUGCCCCCCCAAUGUUGACAUGGUAGCUACGUAAUACAUCCACUAGAGGGCAGCACGUAGCUGCCUGUAGGUUAUUACAACUGGCAGACUUACUCCUCAAAGACAUCCUCCUGUCUUAUGGUCGUUUCAUUUUUCACUCAUUAACUAUUGGCUACACUGCCCCCUACGAUUUCCGGCGGGACUGCUCCGUUUCAUCUGUGUCUGUACAGAGCAAAGAUGAGCCUUAACACGAUCUUGUUCAGGAAGACAGAGGCAGGUGUUGCAGAAUGAUGCUGUCCCUACAACUCCCCUCUCUUUCAUUGUCCUUUUCCUUCAAACACUGAAAAACAAUUCGUACCUUGAUACAGUGCAAUGUGUUGAUAUAUGUUUGUGUAGCGUUGAUGUUAAACCGAGAAGUCGCCAUCGUUAUUAUUUUUGACUCGGCGAGAGGAUGAGGUGAAACCCAAAGACCCCAUGAAGAAAGAAAAAACAUUCUGUUAUUGUGGCAUUAUUUUCUCCAUUGUUGCUGAAAACAACAACAACAACACAGGGGAAACACGACUUUCAGACACACAACAAAGCUCCACGUUCUACUUCUACAGGUUAAUAUGUUGAGGUACAGAAUUUGAGGAAGACUUGUGACUUGUGAUCACGAUCUCAAUCAACACUUCCAUCACUCAAAGCUCAUAACCAAUUUAUUCUUCAUCUUUAUUCCUCAGCUUCUGUUUCACGGGGUCUUUAGGUUUCUAAACAAACUAACCAUGAUUACUAGGAGCCUGUUCUUUUUUGUUACGAUUAUCUUGUAUCUCUACACAUCAGAGAUGAAUUAAUGCACAUCCUUUACAACUGGACUGUGUGUGCGUGCGCGUGUGUGUGGGUCAGCGUCUGUUGUUCUGUGUGUGUAGAGCUGUAUAAGAUUAUAUAAGUACGAUUGCACUAAAACUGUACAAAGCUUCUCCGUCGGCUCAGUUUCUACCACUGAGCCUCCGCGGAGCAAACGAGGAAUCCUAUGAUGCAUCGCUCUGUGCGCUGAGGGUUCCGGCCGAAGCAACUUAAUUUAAGUGAAAGCGCGCAUGCGAGAGACCAAGGUGUGUAAACACGAAUUGAACAUUAGGAUCGUCAUGACGUUAUUCCCAGACCUUUGGGACCAAACUGAAUUUGAGAACAUGAGCAACGUUUCAUUUUUCUCAAGGAGAGAAGUAAAAUUCAUAUUAAGAUAUCAUCAAAUUGUCCAUCGAUAAUCGAGUAAAUCUCCUUGUGGUGUUAAAUAAAUGAGAAAUCACAGAGGACUCCAACAUCUGGACUGAUGUUUCUUUCACCUGAUGACACGAUGAGCGUUCAGCUUUAAGAGAGAGAUAAGAUUCCCAAGUUCAAAAAUGUAGAUCAGAGUGUAGGACUUUUUACAUCCUCUGUUGAGUUUAUUUCGAGGCAGAGAACCAUUUGUGACCAUAUGAAAUUUCACACGCGAUAUUGAUCACUAAAAAUAACAGUACAGAAGUGAUCAGUGCAGAUUGUGAUCAAAAUGUAAUGUAAUGACAGAGUAAGGUGAAUAGGGGCCGUCUACCUUAAACAACAUUACUUUGACAGUUGGUUUCUGACUAGAUUUACUUCUUUACUCUCAAUUUUAAAAUCCCUCGCUUCUUAGCAUUCUGUCACUUUUUGUUUUUUCUCUGGAAAAGUGCCACAAAAUGAAUUAUUGUUUUGUUUUUGAUUCUGGGAGCAUUGAGACCAAGCUGGUAAAUAUUUAUAUAAAUAUACGAAAAAAAAUCCUUUUUAGUGGUGUUUCUGGGACUUGUAAAUGAAAAGGUGAAAUUACUACAGAUAAAGUUACUUCCCACUCUUUCUGAUUCACUGUUAAAUAUGUUCCGUGUGAUUGAAACAAAUAGGAAUGAGGAAGCAUUUAUUGUCUUUACCGUAAAAGAGGCAGUGUACAUACUGUAACUGUGUAACAUAUUGUAUAUUCAUUAUGCCUGGUGUGUGUGUGAGUGUGAGAGGGGGUUUGUCGGCAGUGUGGGCUGUGUCUACGUACAGAGCCCACACUUUGGUGGUUACUGACCGGCUGUGAUUUAAUACAAAGAUUGACUAGGAAAAGAAAAUCUAUUUAUUUGAAGUAAGUUAGAAUCUGAACUAAUCACUUUUAAAGUCAAAUUGAAGCGAGUGUUGGAUGGAAAUGAAGGAUUGUUGUUCAGAGAACUGAUUUGUCUGAGGGCGGCUUCACACAGAAGCUUUCUGAUUUUGUUUUUUUCUUUCCUUGAGUAAUAAUUUCUCCCCUUCUCCUGAAUAAAACUGAUUGAGCAACUGAAA